AUGGCCGGCCGGUCCACCAUGUUGGGUGCCUCGGCCACACCAACCCAGAAGUUCUUCAGCUCCCAGCCCGGUGCUACUCCUUCGAAUCACCAGACCAAGAACAGCCUCGACCGAGAUGGCCUCCAGCCCCCCGCUGCGGCCACAAAUGCCGGGACCUUUGCUAGUGGGCGCAGCAUCGCCACGUCCGGUGUCGCGUUUGCCCCACGAGGAUCCUCGCUCAACCCAUCUCCGGCACCUGGCAGUUUCGUCUCGGACCUUCGUAACCAGAUGGGCCCGUUGCGUGCCGGCUCGAGAGUCGACGUCUACAACUCUGAAAAGACAACAACAGAAGCUGAAGACGACGAAGAAGAGGACGACGAUGAUAGCAAGGCGGCAGCCCGCCGGUCGCUUGCAGCUCUACGCGACCUUCUGAACCGAGAGCUGAAAAUCAAGGAAGGUAGCGAGAAUAUGCUUGAAGCUCUCAACAGCAAAAAGGCGAAGCAAACCAAGGACCAGCGUCAGCGUGUCGAGGCCGAGCUGAAUUCGUCGAACUUGCGCAUCAAAGAGCUGAGACAGAGGAUCAGCGAUACCCAGCGGCCACGCCCCGUUCUUCACAUACCCACAAGAGCCCGAAUCGACCCUGCCACACUGACGACCGGCCUGCGGUCACCCCAAAACACGUCGCGCAGCGGAGCUGGCUCUGAUGUCGAGGACCAGACCGAGUCUCCCACCUUUGCCCUAGCCGAGAUUCUCCAGGCCCUCGAGGUGGAUGGCUUUGCACCGGAAUAUUACGUCACACGUGCCAACAGUCUUGUUGACCUGUUCAAACGCCACCCGACCCUAAAGUAUGACCUCGUUUGGUCGGUCUUCGGUCUUCGCAUCCAAGUCAUGCUCCUCAGCGACAGCAGGGAGAUUGUUGCGGCCGCCUACCGUAUGACCCGCUAUGCCAUAUCCGACGUCUCUUCUCUGCGAAAAAUCCGAGCUCUGAACACGGACUAUCUCGUUGUCUUGUCGUUGAUCAAAGACCGCAAAGCCGACGUGGAAAGAGAGCAGGCCUUGAAGUUUAUCCGCACUUUUUUGGAUGUCAAGGAGGGUGUCCACGAGCUCUCCAGGGCCGUCGUCCGCACCAUUGCCGCCGUAGCAGAGCACGCCGAAGACAGGUUACGUCCGAUCUGCCUUGAAACGCUGGCCGAAAUACUGGUUCGCGACCCUCGCCUGCUAGUAGCUUCUGGGGGUUUGGCAUCUUUGUCUGAUGCCCUGGCAGAAGGUGCAUAUAAGGCACCCGAAAGUCUAACCUCUGCCAUCCUUUUUCUCUUGGACGCCCCACAGCGCAGGAAAUACCUUCGUGCUGGCUAUGAGCUAGAGGUGCUUUUCACCACCUUCACCGACCAGUUCCUGUCCAACGAGGCAGUACUCAAACAGAACGCAAAGGCUAUUGCUUCUGCUUUGAAAACAUGGUCUGGCUUGAUGAACUUGUCCAUGUACGACUUUCGCGCCGUUCGCUCUCUCGUUGCCAGCCUUUCGCUACCCAGCGCUGCUAUACGAGACACUGUCAUUGAGCUUAUAUACUCCCUUUUCCGCAUCAAGUCACCCGCCUGGGCAACCUCCUUUCUAGCUGGUCGACGGCUGACGACGUACGGCCGCGUCGCCACUCUGAGGGCUACGCCGCUGAAGGACUAUACCGUGUCGUAUUCGGACGAGGAGGGCAGUGAGCAGAAUUUUGUGGAACACUAUACUGCUCUCCUUCUCGCCGUCUUCAUAAAAUCCGGCUUGCUACCUCGCCUGUUGCACCUCACACAGGAAACCGAUAACUUACUUCUUAGGCGAAAGUCGACGCUUCUAAUAGGUGAAAUUCUAAGGUUGUCGAGCCGACUCCUGCCACCGUCGUGGAGCGAUGAAGUACAGCUUCUUCCGGACCUAUUCGCAGCUGCCACCCGCUUCCAGGAUGAGUCUCAUUUUAUCGCAACCGGGACCGUGUACCAAAUGAGUAGCGUCAGCAAAACGCUGUAUCGGUCGGCGCCAUCAUAUUGGGCAUCGGGAAGCAGUGUGGCCAACAGUGGUAUCGACUUUACCUUGCUCGACGAACAACCAAAGUCGGGAGCAAGCAUGGUGUUUGACGAGGCAACAUUUCGGCAGCUGCUGUUGGAAUCGGGCGUUCUCAGCAGCUCCAACUUCCUCAAAUGGAACUGGGAUGUGGUGUUGCGAGUGAUCGAGGGCCCACUCACCAAUGGGAAGAGACUAGAGGAAGCGAUCCGGGCCUCCAAGUUUGUUAAGCGGAUCAUGAGCUUUUACCGUCCGUUCAAGUUUAGGUUCUCCGACAUCAAAACCACCAAAGGAACUCAGAAAUAUGUCCGAACGAGUGGCAUCACCGCACAGUAUCCGAUGUUUGCCAAGGAUCGCCUCGUUGACACGCUUUGUGGUGGCUACCUCCCAAUGAUCGGCGUUCUGAGCAGCGACCCCAGGGGACUGCAAAUGAUGGAACGCUGGCGCAUGUUCAACAUGAUGUACCACAUCGUUGACUUGAAACAGCGGCCCGACCUAAUCAAACUACUUCUAUCCCACUUUGAUUAUACUGUCAACGGACACCAAAGAGUCCUACUGUCCAAAUCGUUGACGGCAGGUACCAAGGAUAUUCGCAUACAUGCUACCAACGUGCUCAGAAAAUACGCCGUACGCACAAGUUCAACUACCUCUACCAGUCAUGGCGUGGGAGACUCAAAAUGGGCCAUCCGGCUUCUCGUCACACAGCUCUACGAUCCAGAAGUAGAGGUCUGCGCCACGGCCAUUAAAAUUCUGGAAAAGGCCUGCUACCAUUAUCUCGACGGUUUGGACUAUAUCAGCAACGAAAUGGACGAUUGGAUCCUCGGUCGCAAUGAUGCGUACGUCGGCCUCAUAGAAGCCAGUCUGGCGCGCGCUUUCGUCGAUUCGGACGAGCAACCGAGUCGUAUCAUUUCUUUUGCCGAUGAGGUCGACGCGGACACAGAUGCUCAUAUCCCACCGCAUUUUUAUCGGGAAUUGACGCGCACGGAGGAAGGCUGCAGGCUGCUCCGUGAGAAGGGGCACUUUGACGAGUUCGCUGCGACAAUCCGUGAUUGUGGUAUGCAGAGCGAGGAUGGUGAAGUGACUACAAAGGUGAAAGGUUGUCUCUGGGCGGUUGGCAACGUCGGAGCCAUGGAGCUUGGUGCACCUUUUCUCGAAAGCUGUGAUGUUGUGGAGCAGAUCAUAAAAAUUGCCUGUCGCCAUGAGAUUAUGAGCUUGCGCGGCACCGCUUUUUUUGUUCUCGGCCUGAUUUCACGGUCUCUUCAUGGCAUGGAAAUACUCUCAGAGUUCGGCUGGGAUUCAAACACCAGCGUGCUGGGUACGUCACUGGGCUUUUGCAUCCCAUUGGACCUCUCGCAGCUUUUCUCCUUGGCACCGUGGCAACACGCAGCCGUGACGACCAUUCAGUUGCCAGACUCGCAGAAGACGGAAAGGUUGGAGUUGCCCGUCAUGCCAGUCAGACCAAGACUAGGGUCCUUGCAGGGGAUCGAGGAGCUAGAUGGCGACCGCGACCAGGCUUCGUCCAAAAAAUACUCUGUCGACCUGGACCCAGUGAUACGACGAAUAUUGGAGCUGGUAGUUGACUUGGGGAACAUGGUUAUUUCUAAGCGAGCAGCUGGUGAGCUUUUGCAAAUCAGGCAAAGGGAAUCCUCGGCCUUUGAACAGCCUCUGCUAUUUAGGAGGGUGUUGUCAAUCCUCGAAUGCCACCACUACCGAUUACCGGUCCGUCGUAUGGUGCUGGAGCUGUUCAGCAGGGGGGCAGUGCGGUCGGUAGUGUUCGGUGAGGACGAGAGUGAGGACGACGAUGACACCGGCGGCGGAAGCGACGCCGAUUCUGGUUUUCCCGAUUGCAUAUUCAUACAUCGCCACGCCGGCAUGCCCAGAGGGAGAGUUUUGAUCAUUGCUGGCUCUGACAGCUCUGGCGGAGCUGGCCUUGAGGCUGACCAGAAGGUCAUCGCGGCCCAUGGCUGCUAUGCUAUGACAGCUACCACGGCCUUGACCGCACAAAACACGCUUGGUGUAUAUGAUAUCCACCCAGUUCCACAAGCCUUUCUGAAAAAACAGAUUGAUGCCUGCUUCGAUGACAUUGGAGUUGAUGUUGUGAAAACGGAACUGAAGAUGCUGAUGGGUUGCGAAGAGGCUCGUCUAGACAGCGUGGACGAUUUGGAACAUCUCGCCCGACAGGCCCGUGAGAAGCUCGGCUCCGAAUGGGUUCUGGCAAAAGGUGGCCACAUCCCCUUUCGAGAGGAUUACACGAUAGCUAUGACCCAAAAGGACAGGGACGUUGUUGUCAACAUCCUUGUCGGUCCUGAUGAUCAGGUUUUCAGAAUCGUGAGCAAGUAUCAAGACUCCCGUAACACGCAUGGGACGGGCUGCUCUUUGGCUUCUGCUAUCGCAUCAAAUCUGUCCAUUGGCAUGGAGGUCUUCCCAGCGGUGAAGGCGGCUUGCCGUUAUGUUGAAAUUGCCAUCCAGACAGCGCCCGGUUACGGACACGGACACGGACCUUUGAACCACUUUCACUGCAUGCAAACACUACCAUUCUCCCGUGGCUACUUCUUCGACUAUGUUCUUGAACGGCACGAUAUCGCCGGUGUUCACUUCUCACGAGCGAACGCUCUGGCCGCAUACAAGUCCAAAAAUGCCAAGGAUAUUGCUCGUUCUGUGGCUGUGAUCCAGCAACUGGAAAAGGAGAUGAGCUCACACGUCCAGUUCUGUUCCAAGUUCGGUAUCACAAGAGAGGAUAUGAAACAAGUUGAGGAGCAUACCGAUGUUGGACAAUCUGAGGAUUGGUUUGCACUCCAGAUUGCCCUGGCACCCUGCAUCAUCGGUUAUGGGGCUGCUGCCCGUGCUCUUCUCGAGGACAAGGAGUCGACUAAGCAGGAGGGAAACCCGUACUGGUCAUGGGUGGAAACCUACACUUCUGAAAACCACGACGCAAGCAUAAAGACCACAAGAGAUGGAAAUAGCAUUUUGGGAAAUGUAUAG